UAUGUUAAUUUUUUAUUAUUCAUGUAAAAAUUACGAAUAUGUACUGUGAUCACUCUUUUGACCCAUAUGUAAUUUAUAAGAUAUAGUUGAAUGAACAAUCAUGUAAGGAUUUUCAAAAUUUUAUAGUUGAUUUCUAUUUUAAGUACACUGUGGUUAGAGAAUUUGUUGUGAUGCUGGAAAAGUUCUAAAUCUGUGGUUGAAAUAUAGUUUUGCAAAAGAGGAAUGGAAUUUUAAAUUUCAUCUGUUUUAAUUGGUUUAAAUUUAAAUUCGAGUGUCACAUUUCAAGUUCCAACCUGUUAAAUUGGGUAGGGACUACUGCAUCAACAACACUAUUCUAUAUAUUUUAAUAUUUGUAUUCUUUGAAAUAUGAAUAUACAGUGUAUUUUGGGAAAAGUUCUACGUGGACUUUAAAAUUCUGUGAAUCCUGUACUUGUAUGUAUUGUGUCCGUGUACGCGUAAGUGUUGUUAAGUGUCUGGUUUAAAUCCUUCUAUGAGAGUUAAUUGUAAUUAGAUACCUCUUUUAAAAUAAUUGUUGAACAUGACUUUAUGAUUGUAUUAGAAAGACAUUUUUACUUGGACCUGAAUUCUAAUUUAGCCAUCUCCUGUUGGAUAUUUGUUGUUAUUAGUUGCCUGACAGUUGAUUCCAACGCAAGGCGACCUCACGCGAGCCCUACGGGGUUUUCAUUACUGCAACCUUUCAGAAGUAGAUCACCUGGCCAGUCUUCCUUGGCAACUCUGAAUGGAUUCGAACUGCCAACCAUUUGUCUAGUAGCUUAGUGUUAACUGUUUGUGAAAUCCAGAACUCCUCUUUGGACACCGAGUUCUGCCAUUAUCAUAAGUAGUCACAGACAUCUAUCUUUUGAUAGACAUACAUACACACAUUUACAUCAUACAAAAUAUAUUCAAUUACUUCCAUAAUUUUGAGUAAUUUUUAUCAUGACAUUAUAGUUUAUGAGCAUAGAUUUUGUUAAGUGCAAAUGCCCAAAGAAUCAACCCACAGUAGUACAUAUACCAAAGGACAAGAUAGAUAACAUCAUUUAACUGAAGACACCAAAAGUGAACGUCUGAGGAAUAGUAAACAUACUAACUUCAGUUUAAAAAGAAAAGAGUAGUGAACUUUACAUUAUUUGGUAUCGAUGGGGAACACUUUCUUCUUUUUAAUGAGACAAUGUGUGUAAUAGGAAGAGAGGAGAUUAUAUAGUUUUUGAAAAUAAAACAAAAUAUAAUAAAUACAAAUAAAUUCAUUUCUAAUACAUAUAAAAACAUACAUGCACAUACACAUAAAGGCAUAUAAGAUUAUUAAUCUAGUUUAUGAUAAUAUAGUUGCCAUCAAGUUAAUUCUGACUCAUGGUGACCCUGUGGUUUCAGAGUAGAAUUGCUCCAUGGAGUUUUCAAGGCUGCAACCGUUCAGAAGCAGAUUGCCAGGCCUGUCUUCUGAGGUGCCUCUGGAUGUAAUAUGUAGAAAAGAAGAAUGCAAUACCCCAGUUUUGCCAUUUAUUCUCAAAGAUGGACUUAGACAUCUAAGAUAGUGUUAACAUGGCAUCAGUUUUAAUAGUUUGUGGUUCAAUGGAAACAAUCUAAUUGCAUGUGUGGUCAAAUCCUCUAAAUACAAAAUCCUAUAGAAGAUGAGAAUGAUUGAUCAAAAGCACUUUAAAAGGGACAAUCUACAUGACAUAUUUAAAGAUCUACUUUGUCCUUUCAAUAGGAGCUCAACAUCUCUUAUGUUCUAGAGGUGUGUGAUGAGAUAAAAUGACUUCAAAAUAGCCCAAGUGUGAGAAUUUCCUGCUCAAACAUUAAAUAACACAUUGAUGAGCCAUCUACCUUUUCGUCUCUUGCCUCACUCUGAGCCCUCACAGGAGAGUCUGUGAAGAGUACAGAUAUUCUUUGUGCUUUUAUGCGAUUUAUGUCUUUAGAUUUCCCCUUCUACUCUCUAGCCAUAUUGGCCCCUGUAGGACAUUAAGGAGACCUUCCCACCAAAGGAUGCAUGACUUUCUGAUGGAGAGAAAGUAUGUACCACUGCUCUCCUCUCUGUCUUCUAGCCCAUCUCAUUUAGUGGGAGGUCAUAAUUGCUGUGCAUGAUUCACUGAGGUUCUAUUAAUGUACAAUAGAAUCUCUGUAGAACAUAGGAGUCAGAGUAUAAAGUAAGCCAAAUAUGAAAUAUGUUGGAGAAUUUCUUAAUUUAUUCAGAUUAUUACAGGUUGAGAAUUAGUAAAGUGUACACACACACACACACAUUUAAGUUUGUUAAUCAAUAUAAUUUAAAGUGAAAUCCCCUAAGCAUCAUGACAAAGAACAAUUAAUUUUGGAUUUUAUAAUUGGUUCAACGAGUGUCUUUGUAUAUAAUAGGGUAAUAUUUUAUGUUUAGCCCAGUGUUUACAGCUAGCUUCUUAAAAAAAAAAAAAAACAUAUUAAUUGGAUGAUGCAAGGCCAAACAUAAUUCCUCUUUCACUUACUUAGAUUAUAUACACACAGCUUUACUUUUUUUAGAAAAGGAUGCUGUAGCUUCCAUGAAAUCCUAAUCUAAAGAUAGUAAUAAAUAUCAAAAGACUUCAAUUAAUUGAAAAAAACGCUGGAAAAAAACCCGCACUGUUAUAAGAGAAUGCUGUCUAAUGAGUUACUUUUGGAAUUUCUACCUGAUAUGAAUCAGGAGCAAUAACAAGAAACUGCAGCUAAAAUAAUAAUCCAAACAUUCAUUACCUAUUCAGAGCUGAACAAUUGCUAGGUUGAGAGUUAUAUAGUUAUAUGCACUACAUUUUAUGUAUUAGUAUUCCCAUUUUAGAUUAGAACGUUAAAUUACUAGACAUUAACUACCUUAAUAACGGUCACACAUUGUAAGUUUCAAAAUGAGAAUUCAAUUCUUGAUCUUGCUGACUCCAGAGUCCAAUGGGGAAAUUAUUAAGAUACAUUACUGAAUUAUAGCAAUUACACAAGUGAAGGAACCCAUACGGACUGUGACAACCAUAUGAUCUUUUAUUGAAGCUUGAACCAACUGUGUUCUGCCAUAAACAGUAUGCACUUUUAUUUAUCAAUUUGUGGUCUCAUAUUUUGGCAAUUCAAUCAAUUGCCAAUAAUUUUUGUGUAAGAAAUAUAUUUUUUAAGUUGUUUAAAAUGGUGUUUCCAAUAUUCUUGAGGUUGUUGAUGAGUUCAUUGUGUCAUGUAGUUAUUCUGACAUAUAUUUCCUUAAAUAUGCAGUGAUAUCUCAGAACUCUCCACCAUUCGUUAAUAAGAAAGACAUCACGUAAUAGCACUUCAUCUCCUUCUAAUAAAUAAACAUAAGUCACUAAACGAAUGUAAUUGAGCUCAAUAAAUUCUUAUAUGUGCUAACUUUGCAAUUCUCACUUCUUUGGAGCACUCUGUCUUUCACCAUUAUUGUAUUACAAAAUUGUCAUAAAGUGAUGCAUCAUUUUUUUUAACAGAUCAAUAAUUUAAUUUUUAACCCAGGUAUUGUAAUUGUUUAAAAUAUUUCUGUGGAAUAUGACUUUUAAUAAGUAAGGAUAUUCUUAUUUAUGAACUUCUUUAUUCUUCAAUGGAAACCAUGGUUAAGAGUUAUGGCUGCUAACCACAAUGUCAGCAGUUCGACUUAUUCUACCAUGAGACAUUUUUGUAAGGCAUUAAAUAAAUUAGAACCAAAACUUUAGGUUCCUGGCUGCAAAGUGAGCACUGAUACUUACCCUCCCUCUCCACCUAGUUUGAUCUUGCCAUAUAUUCAGCACAUAGUCCCUCCCUAAACACAGUUUCUCAUAGAGCACAGACCUUGACAUCCCUCAGCUGCAGAGAUGAAUAAUCAAACAGUAACUUACUCAAGACUGAAUCUGGCCAAGAACCCAAAAAGGCAGCAAAUCAAACCCAAGGACGCUGAUAGCUCCAUUUCAAUCACUGAGCAGGAGAUAACUUUUGUGGAAUUAAACCUUCAUAGUGCUUCCCAGGAUCUUCAGAAAAAGGACAAGAGUUUCCACUGCAAGGGUCUCCCAUUUCCUCCAGGGAAGCUCAUUGCUGGGAUCCUGGGAAUCAUCUGCACUGACCUGAUGGCCAGUGUAAUAACUGUGGCAGUCAUAGCUUCAUCUCAUUGUGGCCAUUGUCCAGAGGACUGGUUAUCCUAUUCCAACAAUUGCUACUAUAUUAGCAGUGAUAAAAAAAACUGGACGGAGAGUCAGAUGGCCUGUGCUUCUAAAAAAUCUAAUCUGAUUUAUAUAGAUAAUGAAGAAGAAAUGAAGUUUAUAGCAUUUCUAUCAUCUAUUUCAUGGAUUGGGCUCUCUCGGAAAAACAGAGAUUAUUCCUGGUUAUGGAUAAAUGGCUCACCUCUCUACAAAGAGUUAAUAGACACGUCAAAUAAUACAUACAACUGUGCUAUGCUAUUCUUCUCUAAUCUUCUAUCAGACAGUUGUGGAUCUUCAAAAACAUACAUUUGUAAGCAUAAGAUUUUGAGUUAAAAUGCCUGAACUUGGAGUCCUUCAAGUAUCUUCAUAUUUCAUGAAAUGAAAAUAAUAUGAUGGCAAAAGUCUUAUAAUCAAUUACAUUAUUUGUUCAACUGGAAGCUCCACAAUUGGAAACCCCCUGGAACUCACUCUAUGUUCUUCUUUGCUUGGCUGAUAGUCAUCAGUACCCUUUUCUGUAAUAAAAUGUAACCUUGAGUACAAUUUUCUUGUGUUUCUUGAGUCUUU